UCAAAUGUUUUCAUCAAGUAACAACGUUUAAUUAAUCAUUUCCUUAGACUAAUUUAAUAAUACAAUUUAAUAAUUUAAACUUGGUUAUGUUUUUAAUUAAUAUUUAUAUCAACUGAAUAUGAAUCCCAAUGAGAAUGUAAUUAAAUCAGUGAUUCUAUCGGGAUUUGGUUUAAUUGGUGUGACAAUUAUUGUUAAUCAAUUGAUGAAAAAAAGAUUGAAACAAUUUAAAAAGGUUGGUAUUGUUAAGAAAUUGUUUAUUUAUCCAAUUAAAUCAUUAAAACCAAUUCAAUUGGACUCAUUGGAUUAUAAUGAUCAACAAAUUUAUUGGAAAUCAUUAUUGGAUAGAGCUUUCAUGUUAGUGAAUCGGAAAAAUGUUAUGAUUACUCAAAGACAAGAACCAAGUUUAGUCAAGUUAAUUGUUGAAUUAGAUUAUCCAUAUUUAAUUGUUACAAGACCCGAUGGAUCUGAUUCAAUAAGAAUCUCAAUUCUUGAAGAUGAUUAUCAAAAUAAUGAAGAGAUAAUUGAAACAAACGUUUGGGGUGAUGAUGUUUGUGGAGUUAAUUGUGGAUCAGAAUUUUCUCAAUUUUUCUCUAAUUAUUUGGAUAAACCAGAAAUUAGAUUAAUAAGAUUUACUAAUAAACAAAAACAUCGACCAUCUCAGUUGUAUCGAGAUGGACAGUUGGAUAAAGAUGCAAAGAUAAAGAUUAUGUAUCAAGAUACAGCAACUUGUCAUAUAAUUAACACUAAAUCAGUUGACACUUUGAAUGAAUGGAUUGAAAAUGCCGAUGAAAAAGUGACCUAUGUGAACUUCAGGCCAAAUAUUGUAGUCGAAUCUGAUUCUUUCGAUGAGGAUAAUUGGGAAAAAAUUAAAAUGGGAUCAGAACAAUCAGCUGAAUGGCAGCAAUUACUUAAAUGUAUUCGUUGUAGAAUCACAACAAUUAAUCCAGAUAAAGGUACUUUCAUGAAGGAACCGUUGAUAUCAUUGAAAAAAUAUCGAUCACCGGCCAAGGAAGACAUUGGUUAUAUGGAUGCUCCUGGAGUCCAUGGUAAAUUUAUUGCACCAUUAAUGGGAGUAUUUUUCAAGCCCGAAUCAUCGGGAACAAUUAAAAUCGACCAAGAAAUCUGGGCUUCUCAUAAACAUGGAUCAUUUUGGUUUCUUUAAUUAUAAACAAUUAAAAGUUUUACUUUUCCACUGAUCAAAUGAACCAUAAUUGUGUCAAAAAUGAAGGUAACAAUUAACCAAAUCAGCAACGAUCCAUGAACCACACCAAUGAAGUUAAAGGUUAAUCAAUUGAUGAUCACCAUCAACAAUCAAUUAAUUACCGGUGAUGAUUCAACCAAAUUUAAUGAUAUAAAUGAAUGAUAAUUAACAAUUUACUUUGAUUGUGAUAAAGUUGAAUAAAUUAUCAACCAUUAAAAAUAUAAUAACGAUAAAACCAAAAGUCCAUUCAACUGUAUUACCAUUAAUUCAUAAUCAACUAAUUACAAUUAAACUUUCAAACAACAACAACAACAACACUAAUAAUAAAAUGGU